UCAGGCAAACAUGACUGUUAGAGAGAGGAGUGACAGGGGAAAAAAGUCACAUGGUCAGUCUCCUUUGCAGUUUUCAGAUGCUGUUAGUUCCCGAUAUAAAGAGAUCUGGGUGAGCUCCCACUGGCAACUGCUGGGUCCUGCUGGUAUGGUACCAAAACGUUACCUGCUAGUGCAGGCCUCCUCAGCAGGAUGAGUUACAGAAUGAUGAGCCGGUGCCUGAUGCUGCUGCUGGUUUUCCACUGGGCUCCAAAAACAGCAGAAGCCCAAGAACAUAGAACUGUUGGUACAGGCUCUUCAGUGCUGUUGACUGCAUUGCCCACCAAUGACCGAACAGUCAUAAAACAUAUACAGUGGGAAUACAUAAGUAGUGGCCCAGCUCUCAGUGUUGUGGAUUACUAUGGAACUGGAACAGAACCUAUUAUCUUUAAAUCCUAUAAAGACAGAGUCAUUUUCUAUUCAUCCAAUGGCUCCCUCUUGUUGAAAAACGUACAAGAGACAGACAGCGGGACCUACAGAGCUACCGUCAAUUUGAACAAAAUUAAAGCCAGGCAAACUACACUACUAGUCUUAGAGCCUAUGUCCAAAGCUCAGAUACAGAUAAAUUCUACUGUGGUCGGUUCAUCCAUUGAAUUAUCCUGCAAUGUGCUGGUUGGCAAAGUGCAAGCUAUUGACUGGAAGAAAGAUGGGAAGCCCCUACCCAGGAACAGAUGUUACGAGGUCUCUGAAAACUUCAGUCUUUUGUACAUACCAGAAGCACAGAAAUCAGAUUGUGGAUCCUUUUCCUGCAAUGCGAGCAAUGAUAUAAGCUGGCAGGAAACCUCAGUGAAUUUGACCAUUGAAGGGAUCAGGCCUUCACUAAAGCAUGCACUGAAAAUUUCUACUGUUGCUCUUGCUAUUGCAACAACAUUGGCUGCUGGAUCUGGAUUGGGCUUCAUUAUCUUGUGCUGUCAGUCAGAGAAGAGAAAACUUACAGGAGAGCUGUGGAGAUGGCCUGUCGUAUUCAUCCAUGGGCUGGUGUGUGUCUCGGCCAUCCUGAUGUUCACGGCUGCUGUCCUCUGGAUGUGGGAAGAAGGUUUCUUCACAGCUCUUGUAUUGUAUAUGAUCGUCCUCAUGUGGGUGAUCAUGGUAACGCUUCUCAUAAGUGCGGUCUUGGCAAUUUGUCCCCAACACCUUGGGAUGUUUAAAAAGAAAACAAUGCACCGCGUCAUUCUGGAUACUGCAGCUCCUGGGGGAGUGAUUCUAGUUGUGUUGUUUGCCAUCUUCCUUACACAGAACAUCCACCAUCUACAAAGAAAAGGCUGCUCACCAUUUUUUGACAGCACAGCUGCCAUCCUUAUCGCUGCUGCAAUUUCUCUCCUUAUUCUUCUGGCGCCCUUUGUGUGGUAUCACAGGAAGAAAAAAAAACAAGAAAAGGAUCAGCAAGAAAGAGACCCUGCAGAAGUGAGGGUGAAGUGCCCCAGAAAACCUUUUCAUUGGACUUUGAAAAUUUUUUCAUUAGUUCUCCAUAGUACAACAAAAACGGAGAGAUCUGUUAAUUCAGCCAGGACUUUUCUGAGCUUCCAGUACUUCAAAACACUUACAACUGCUUGUGUAAAUAUAUAGAGUUACACACACACACACACACACACACAGGACUAUUGUUUAACAUUUCACAGUAAAACACCAUGUCUUUUUAGGCCAGGAAGGGAAGAAUUUCACAUGCAGUUGAAAAGCUGAGAAUUUCUGGAAGCAAAAUGUAAUGAAAGAAGAUGGACUGUAGCCAGGACAAUGGGAUCAGCUCUGCUGCUUUUCUAGUGGCACUCGUUACAUUUUUCAUGACCUGGUAGAGAGGAGUUCUGAAUUUUGCCUCUGCUCUGCAUGACAAUGCAUCUAGGAACACGAUGCCUCCAACGCCAUCCCUGGCCAUCAGUGCAAUUCCGACGUCAAGCUAGAUUGUAGAGGGUGGCAAUACUCUAUUUCUUGACCAGCCCCCUACAACUCAGCAACAGCCUCUUGCUCUUGGAAGGAAUUGCAUGCCAUACAGAAACACCAGUGCUAGUUCUGGCAGCACCUGUUUACUUCCUGGAGCUGGUCUCAUCAAGAGCUCUCGUUCCCUCUGCUGUCCAAGGUAUUGUCAUGCAUAGGCUCCUGGAAGAUGUCCCUUUGUUGUCCAGGCCUGGAGGUAAGGUGUGAAGAAAUCAAAGUUGCAGCACAGGAGAGCAAUCAGCUCACCAAAAAUCAUAUUGCAUAAUCAGAAAGAGAUGAAUUUGAUUUGCCACCAAAUUAUGCUGUCGCCUUCCUGUGAUAUUGUUAGUGACAAAAUUAAGCUAAAGGAUUUUAAAACCAUGAAUUAAAAGCUAUAACAGUCCUUGGAUGGCCAGAGCUGCAGAACUGACCAGCUAGCAAACAUGGUUGAAGGCAGUGGCAUAGCCAGGUUCUAAGUGUAGGGGGAGCAAACAUAAAAAGGCGCCCCCCCCCGGUUCCUUCUCUGGCCUCGCCCCCCCAACUCCACCCCUCAGGGCCCCCAUGAAAGUUUUUCGGGGUCCCUGGAGCGGGGUCCUUCACUUGCUCCGGGGGGCCCGGAAAACUCUCGCGGGGCCUGGGCCCCCGGAGCUUCUUCCGCUCCAGGUCUUCGGCGGAAAUUCAGCAGCGGGGGCCCCCCACCGCCAAAGAUCCCAGGCCCCCUGAAUCCUAUGGGUGGCCCUGCCUCCCCCCAUUGGAUCCCUCCCCAAAUCACCACCCUCUCACUGCCCCCCAUUGGAUCCCAAGCCGGGCCUGGGGAGGAGACGUCCCUGUGCAGCAACCUGGGCACACGGCCCAUGGCUGGCUGGGGCCGGGAGUGCAGCGUGGAGGCUGCUCCAGCCCUGAAGCCCGCGGGGCAGCGCAGGGGUCCGGGGUCAGCAUGGAGCAGGCAGGGCCCGGGUGGGCAGUGCAGCCCGGGGGCGUGGGCCACCCGCUGGAGACACGCAGCAGAGAGGGGCUGCGGGAGCGAGACUUGUCCCAGGUGGGGUGACCGGCGGACAGGGGCGAGGAGCCAGUCAGGGUCCCCCGAACCGAAUCGGCUGCGCUCCGGGGCAGCGGUCACCCAGACGGGAAGGAGCCGCUGGAGCGCAGCCGAGCGGGAGAGGUGCGGGGCUCCCCGCUGGCAGCGGUACAUGUCACAUGUACCCGGGGUGGGCCAGGGGGCGGGAGGCUCCGCGGGGAGGGCAGCACACGUGGCCGGGGUGCUGUGUGUGAUCCUGUGGCACGGCCAGGGCCUGCUAAUGGUGGCUGCGGCAAUGUUGGGGCCGCACUGAGCGUGGGAUGCGAUGGCCCAGGAGCCGGCCCCCUCGCUCCUCCGGCCGCGCCUGCCACCCCUGCCCCAUGGCUCCUCUGGCCGUGCUGCCCCCAGUGCCAGCCCGGCAGGUGCCGCUUUUGGAAAAUGUGCUGAGGGGAAGCGGCUGCUUCCCCUGCACUCUGCUAGCUAUGCUACUGGUUGAAGGGACACUUGAGGUGAUAGCAAACACAGCACAACAAAUUUCAAACAUUUUCAUUGCUUUCCUAUGUAGGUAGAGCUAAAUGAGGCUCCAGAAGCCGAAAUCCAGGAAUGAAAGGUAUGUAUCCUCCAUGUCAGUGCUUCUCAGGUGGGAUUAUGCGACACUAUUAGGUGUAUCAGAAUUUAGGAUGCAACAUGGUUUUUGCUUAAAACUGAAUUAUUCCUCCUUCCAAACAAAGAUACAAUGAUCUGCUUCAAAUUUGGAAUGCUCAUUCAAGACCCAGGGUAGAGUUUGUAAUACAAAUUUGAAGUCUUAUAGCCAUGUGUUUGUGACAUACAGCCACCCUCAAAACAGGACCCAUGAAAAUAAGGUCUUUUUUGUGUGUGAAGAGAUAAGGAUUGAUCAGGAGACAAGAGAUACCUGGAGGGAAGAUGAUCUCUUCUCCCCCUGCUUCCCCCCUGCCCCCUCAGAACAGUUUGUUCUAGAAGAAAGUCACUUACAGAACAAUGAGGACUGCGGGAAGCGGCGUGGGCUGAGGGAUGUGCUGGCCACUGCUUCCCGCAGCCCCCAUUGGCCUGGAACGGUGACCCAAGGCCAGUGGGAGCUGCGAUCGGCCGAACCUGAAGACGCUUCAGGUAAACAAACCAUCCCAGCUCACCAGCAGAUUUCCCUGGUGGGCCGUGUGCCAAAGGUUGCCGAUUCCUGAAGUAGACUAUAUAAAAGUGGCACCUUAUUCAGCAGUUCUGCCUUUCUUCCCCUGUAAACUGAGCACAUUUGAUAGGGGAUCACUGAAGUUAUGUCUACACUGCAAUUAAAAAAACAAACAAACCCUGUACCAAGUUGCAGAGCCCAGCUAAAUUGACUUGAGCUUUCAGGGCUACAAAUAGUAGUGUAGACAUUGACAAUCUGAGCUCUGAGACCCACCCCUCUCAUGAGCUGGCCCAGCUGCAGACAUGCUGUGGGUCUUUUAUUGCAGCGUAGAUGUAUCCUGAGAGUAGAAUCAUGCUCUGCUCACCAUGCUUAAUGUACCCAUGGGCUGGUAAUAGAUCGCUAGAGGGUACAAGAUUUCAUGGUUUGAGAAUUUAGAAGAUGAGAUGGGGGAAAAACCUCCAAACUACCUGUCAGCUUCAUUGGCACCUAGGCCAAAUCAGUUUGGAAGACUUACAUAGAAGUUUUCUUCAGACUUCUUUCCAAAGAUUUUCUUCUGAAUAAUUCAUCUUCAUUCAUUCUCUACUGAGGUAAAUGAAGAAUUCAUUCCCCAUGUUCAUUCAAUCCUGAUCUUUCUCACAUUAUUCCUUCAACUGAUCUCGAUCAGGGUUAGAAAUAGACCAGUUUUCCCCAAAAAUCUCAUUUUGUGCUAGAAAUGGACCUGCAGCUUUGCUGCUCAAGUUUAUGGUAAGUAUGAGGGAGAGUGGGAAAAUGCGUGUGUUGUGUUGGGACAGUUGUUAGUUUGUGCAGGUAAUAAAUGAGGAGUGUAUGCUGUGGUGAGGGUCUGUGUGUGUGUUAGCUGUGUUGAUUUGUAUGUAGAAAGAGUUGGGCUGGGAGAUUUGUAUUGUGUGCACGUGACAGUUGGGCACACAGGUUGGGCAGUUGGUCCACCUUCUGUGCAGUCUCCCUCAUACAAUCAAUGAAAUAGCUGCAUGCAAAGUAGCUGUAGAAUAAGGGUGGUGAUUUGUUGUAUUACCCUGAUAUCACAAUGGUCUAGGACUCUUGGCAUGGCACAGACAUUCCAUACUGUAGCUGUACACUGCACAAGUGUAAUUUGGAAAGUCCAAAAUGGCAGAGAAUUUAAAAAUAGGAUAUUAACAGAUUGCAAAUGUCAGUGGUUAUUCAGAAUAUCACCAGGAGUAAUAAAGUGCUCUCGGCCAUGAUUGCAGCUGUUUCCAUUGCUUCACACUAACUCAGAGUAGGCUCCAGCAUGACAAUCCUAUUAUAUAGACUUUCAAAAUUUCUGAUUGUCGUAAGGUUUCUCUCACUUAUCUUGUCACUGAGUGCAAGAAACUAAAUAAUAUCUGAGGAGAGCUGGUGUGUGUGUGUGUGUUCCUUUUAGCCCCCUCCCCUUCCUUUUGCCAAUCUGUAACUUUUCAAAACUUAAACUUUUACAAAAAGUUAUGGCAUGGCAGAAGAAAAAGUGAAACGUUACAAAGUGGUAUAGUUUCAUUGUUCUUGUCGCCACUUUUCUGAAUUUCAGCUUUGAUUCUGCAGCCAUCUUUCACAUGCUUAACUUUGCUAGUGGGAGUAAUGCAAUGAUUUCAAUGGAACUACUCAGAGUAAUAAAGUUAAGCACAUUCAUACGUAUUUGUAGGAUUGGAGCCAUGAGGGUGUUUGGAAAAGUUGUAUCAAAAGGGAAAAAAUGGAAAAAGUGAAAGAAACCACAACCCCUCAAAACAAAAUCUUGGCAUUCAUUCUGUUUCACUCAGUGGCAAAGGAACAAGAAAGUGGGUGGGAGACCGUGCAGUCUCAAAUUUAAAAAAAAAAAGCCUGCUUUUGAGGAAAGAGAGAGAAGGGGGAAGGUAUGCGGUGGGUUUUUGUAUUUAAUUGUUUUUCUCACCUCUUCCAGUGAGGAAGGAGGAAAAGUGUUUGGUUUUUAAGUGAUAAAAACGGGAGGGGAAAAAGUCUGAAAACAAGUGUAUUAUUUCAGUGGCCGAAAAGUAAAACAAAAUGAAAUGUGCAAUUUAAAAGUAAACAAAAUUAAACUUUUCCAUCUCAUUUCAAAGGGGAGGACAGAGGUGAACAGCUAGAAUGAGGUGUGUCUUGAAAAGGGGGGUGUGAGUGCAGGGAUUAGGGAGGAGAUAGUGGUGGGGCUUACUCCAGUGUUUGCUGGGCAGAAAGGUGGAAAAAUCCUAUACAGAUGGCCUUUUGUGGGUGGAUUGUGUGGUGUGUAUUCAUAGAUUCCAAGGCCAGAAGGGACCAUUGUGAUCGUCUAGUCUGACUGCCUGUAUGACACAGGCCGUAGAACUUUCCCAAAAUAAUUCCUAGAGCACAUCUUUUAGAACAACAUCUAAAACAUGUUGGUGUGUUGUGAGCGUGCUAGUGUGCUGAUGGUGCAAAGGUGUGUUAGAGGAGUGUGCAUUUUGGUGUGUGAUUGUGUAUGUGUGUGGGAGGGGGUGUUUGGUACAAUGCUCUGUGAUAUUUUUACAAAAGGAAUGAAAACUCCUUAAUGGCAUAAUAGAAGAUAGGCUGGAGAGCCUGAAAGCUGGAGCCAAGGAAUUCUGAUAUAGAGGUUUUUAUAUUUUUUUAUAUUUUUAUAUUGAAUAUAUAUUCAAUCUUCUUGAUAUCUUAUACUUAACUUUUUAUCUUUUGAAAAGAUACAGAGUUUACUGGGUUGGCGUGGAUUUUAUUUUCAAAGCUAAGCAGUGUGUAUGUUCCCCUUAGCCUGCUUUCCAUUGCCAUAUCACUGUAGCUUGCCAUAAAUAGAAACAGUGGUUGCUAAUUUCUGUUUUGGUAAAAAUGGCUGAUCAUUGCUUUGUCACCAGCUGAUCUUUGGUAACCCAAGCCCAGAUUCUCAAAGGCAUUUAGAUCAUGGGGGUUAGGCACCUUUGAGAAUCUGGACCCCAGUUUAUGUAUUACCAGGACAUUUAAAAAAAUCGUUCUGCUCUCUCUCUUUUGCUUAUAACAUAUAUUUGUAUUUUUCAUGUAAUACUUUAGUUUUUUGUUUUGGUCUCCUGGGCAUUUUUCCGAUCGCUGCCUAGAGGGUCAGAAAGGAAUUUCCCAGAGUUUUUCCCCUCUUUAAAAAGAGGGGUUUUCCCUCUGGGUUUUUGCCUUUCUCAGGAGAACUACUGAGGACUAAAAAUAUAUUUUGCCAGUUUGACUCAGUUAAUUUGUUGAUAAUUUGACUCAAUAAAUUCACUGCCAGUUGGGCUCAAUAAAAAACUUUCAUUUUUAUAACUGA